CGUGUCUAUUAUUACCGAAAUUAGCGAUCCAAGCUCCACACCUAACCAACCGUUAAUCCAGAACACAGAACACAGAACACCUUCCCUUUCUCUCGAUUCCAACAUCUGAUUGUGUUCUUUCCAUCAACUCCCUGCGUUCUCCCUCCGUGCAUUUCAGAAAUGAAUUCCAACUACGGCCAAUCCAACACGAACAAAUCCCCCUCCGUUUCCCUCAACAACUUCAAUUUCGAUUUCGAUCUUGGCAUCGGAUCCAACCGUCCCAAGUCCCUCAACGACCAGAAAAACCCCAAACCUUCCUAUUCCACCACCACUACCACCACCUCUUCCUAUUCCUAUCAAUAUUCCUCCGCCCAACCCAACAAGCAACCCUCAUGGACCCACCAACCCGCUCCCACUCAGACCACCGCCCUUCCCGGUGGCCCCCCCUCCAUGGUCGGAGACAUCUUCGGCAAAAGCUGGGGCACCACUCAACCUUCUGCCGCUUCCAAGAACAUUGGGGUCGUUGAUAAGAACCCUAAUCUCUUCGGAGAUUUGGUCAGUUCUGCUUUGGGCCAGGGUUCCAAGUCUACUGGUACCAAUGUUCCUCUCAAAAACGCUACCCCAACCCCCAAUAAAACCUCCUUUUCCAUGGGAAACAUGGCCAAUUCUUUGCCCAAAACUGGUGCCACGCCACAGAGCAGUGCUAGUUGGGCAUCAUCUUCUGGGGGGUUUAGCGUGAAUGCCAACAAAACCCCCAAUCUUGGGGGUACUUCAAUGAGAAACACGGGUAGUGGAAUUGGAACCAGUUCUAAUAACAAGGAUCCUUUUAGUUCUUUGUCUGGUUUUGGAUCCAAACAGUCUGCUACCCUUAAUUCAGCUGCCAAAGGGCCGAAGGUUGCAUCCAGGGAUGAUGGUUUUGGAGAUUUCCAGAAUGCUUCCAAAUCGAGCUCGGAUGGUUUUGGAGAUUUUCAAAAUGCUUCAAAACCGAGCUCAGCCGCGUUUUCGUCGGCUGCUUCUCCGGGGAUUGAUUUCAAUUUUGCUGGAUCUGCCGCUCCCACUCAGAAUCCUGUUCAGAGAUCAGGUGGUGGUGAUGAUCCGUUGAACAUGUUUUUCACGGCGGCUUCCUCGCCUGCGGUGGGAGGCGCUGCUUCGGCCUCUGAUGGAUUUGGAGGACAGGACGAUUGGGGUUUGGAUUCGGAGUUUGGUGGGGGAGGCCAUGAUGUGGGUGGCACCACUACUGAGCUUGAGGGGCUGCCUCCUCCUCCUGCUGGGGUCUCUGGUUCCACUGCAAAAGGCAAGGGGAUGGACAAUUACAAGCAGGGACAGUUUGCUGAUGCUAUUAAGUGGCUUUCGUGGGCCAUUGUUCUUCUAGAGAAAGCUGGGGAUGCUACCGCCGUAGCUGAGGUUUUGUCAUGCAGGUCUUCAUGUUACAAAGAAGUCGGGGAGUAUAAAAAGGCAGUGGCAGAUUGUACCAAGAUUCUUGAAAAUGAUGAAACCAAUGUAGCUGUCCUGGUACAGCGUGCUCUGUUGUACGAGAGUAUGGAAAAGUACAAACUUGGUUCUGAAGACCUUAGGACCGUGCUGAAGAUUGAUCCUAGUAAUAGGAUUGCUAGAAGCACCGUUCACCGGUUGGCUCAGAUGGCUGGUUAGGAAUUCAUUGGUCCUAUUUUUUCCUUUAAUUAUUAUGCCAUAUAGGUUUUUACAUCAUCAACAACCCCCUUUUACUUUGCCAUGAUAGUUAGGGGGUAAUACGUAUGGAUUGCCGUCACCCUAAAUAUGAAAUGUGAUGUAUGGUUUAUUUCAUUCUGGCUAUGUCAUGAAAUUAAUAUUUUCGCUGCCUUCACCAGAUUUGAACUUAAUAGAAUUUUCAUAUUCUUUUUCUAUUCAUGUUCUCAAGUGUUUGGAUUGUUUGCAUAUAAAGAAGGACAUUUGUUAUUUUUUAAAGUUAUGAAGAGAGAUCUCCAAAGCAGCUGUGAUUUACAGAA